GACCUCUCUUUCACGUCGUAUCUGAAUUAUGCCCGGUUUAUGUUAAAUUAUCUUGCCACCGUGUCUAAAGAGCCGUUUGAAGAAAGGGUGCCAUCUCUGCUGUAUGUUAUCGCCGUUUCUUCGCUGGUUUCUAUAAAUACUAUAAAUCAGGGGCAUUUUCGUGAUGCUGGAACGAGCCUUGAUACUCUUGUCAACCGCGAUAUUCUGGGCGAUGAACAGCUCACGGAGCGUCUGUUGGCAGUAUGCCUGGCAUUAGUGAAAAGCAAGAAUGGCAAAUCACUUUGCUUGCUUCUUGCAUUAAGAACACUGGGAAGCGUUAUGAAACCCGGAAGGACCGAAGCGAUUAUGGAGGCUGGUGCUGUGCAAGACUUUGACGCUACUAUACUAGCCGUUUGUUGUGCUGCUCUUCGCUUGCAAGAUGUGGAAAGGGUGUACAAGGGCUUCAAUGAGUAUCCUGCAUCGAGGGACGAUUGGAUAUGUCGCUUCGAAAUGGCCUGCACAUGGAAGGAUUCAGCAGGCGUCCUCCAGCUCCUUGACCAAUUUUCACAGAAGGGACAGAUUUCCUUCCAGAAUGAGCUAUUCAAGUGAAUUCAAGCAGACCGUAAACUUGAUCUUUAUUGGCUUCUGGUACAUCUGAUUUGCAGUGAGGAUGCAGACAGUGAGCCCGAGAAGUUGAUUCUUUUUAACUGUGCUUCGAUUCGCUUCUGUGCUCACGCAAUUCAAUUCCUCUGUAGUAUGGAUGUCGCAACGCGGGAUUUCGUAUGUUGUGCAGCGAUUGCUGCACUCGAGGUACUUUUGAAUUUUAUCUUCCAAAAAUGA